GGGAACCGAGCCUCGAACCGGGGUCCUUAGGCUUCACAGUGGGUAAAGGGCUAUAUCAGUUUUCUGUAACCUAUGGGACUGACCAUGAAGUUGAAGGAACUGCAACGGCCAGCUGUCCAGGUGUGGAGUCCAGCUAGCCAGUACCCUGUCUACCUGGCCACAGGAACAUCUGCCCAGCAGCUAGAUGCCUCCUUUAGCACGAAUGGCACAUUGGAAGUCUUUGAGGUUGAUUUCAGGGACCUGUCUUUGGACUUCAAACACAAAGGCAUUCUUUCUGCCUCAAGCAGGUUUCACAAGCUGAUCUGGGGGAGCUUUGACAAUGGGCUUCCAGAAAGCUCUGGGGUUAUUGCAGGCGGCGGGGACAAUGGCAUGCUAACUUUGUACAAUGUGACCCACAUCCUGUCUUCGGGAAAGGAGCCUGUGAUUGCCCAGAGACAGAAGCACACAGGGGCUGUCAGAGCCUUGGACUUUAAUCCUUUCCAGGGUAAUCUCCUGGCCUCAGGAGCCAGUGAUUCUGAAAUCUUUAUUUGGGAUCUGAAUAACCUGAGCUCUCCAAUGGUUCCAGGACUCAAGUCACAGCAGCCUCCAGAAGACAUCAAGGCACUGUCUUGGAACCGGCAAGUGCAGCACAUUCUGUCUUCUGCUCACUCCAGUGGCAAGGCAGUUGUGUGGGAUCUCAGGAAGAAUGAGCCUAUAAUCAAAGUCAGUGACCACAGUGGCAGGAUGAACUGCUCGGGCCUGGCUUGGCACCCAGAGAUAGCCACCCAGUUAGUGCUCUGCUCAGAAGAUGACCGGCUCCCGGUACUUCAGCUGUGGGACCUGCGUUUUGCUUCCUCACCCCUGAAGGUGUUGGAGAGCCACAGCAGGGGGAUCUUGUCAAUGUCCUGGAACCAGGCCGAUGCGGAGCUGCUGCUUAGUAGUGCCAAGGACAACCAGAUCUUUUGCUGGAACCUGGGGAGCAGCGAGGUGGUCUAUAAGCUACCCAUGCAGAGCAGCUGGUGCUUUGAUGUUCAGUGGUGCCCUCAGAACCCUCCUGUGUUCUCUGCUGUCUCCUUCGAUGGCUGGAUCAGUUUGUACUCUGUGAUGGGUAGGAGCUGGGAAGCCCAGCACAUGAAGCAGGUUGACCAGAUCUCCUCCUCCUUCAGCAAAGGCCAGUCUUUUCUACCUCUGCAGGUGCCAGAGCAAAUGGCCCAAGCACCACUGAUACCUCACUUGAAAAAUCCUCCCAAGUGGCUUAGAAGGCCAGCUGGUGUUUCAUUUGCUUUUGGGGGAAAACUUGUUACCUUUGGCCUUCCAAGCACCCCUGCCCAGCAGGUGCCACAGCCUGGUCCCCAUCUUGUCUUCAUCAGUCAAGUAACCACAGAAUCUGAAUUUUUGAUGAGGUCAGCUGUGCUGAAGGAAGCCUUGGCAUCUGGAAAUCUCCUGAAUUAUUGUCAGAACAAGAUCCAGCAGGCCUCCCUACCAUCUGAAAAGAUGCUCUGGCAAUUCCUGAAGGUGACUUUAGCGCAUGACUCUAGGGUGAAAUUCCUCAAGCUAUUAGGAUUCAACAAAGAUGAGCUUCAGAAGAAGGUGGACAUAUGGUUGAAAAGCGAUUUGUGGUUAGAGGAGAGCCCUCAGCCUGAGGCAAUUGACCUCAAAAGUAAAGAGCAACAAGCCUUCUGCAGUCAGACUUCCAAGCAUAGCACAGAGGACACCUCUACAUCCUCAGCCUUCUUUGAUGAAUUGGUCCCUCAGAACGUGACUCCUUGGGAGAUUCCUGUCACAGAAGACAGUGAUGGACUCCUGAGUCAGGCCCUGCUGCUUGGGGAACUGGGCUCUGCCGUGGAGCUGUGUAUGAAGGAAGAACGAUUUGCUGAUGCUAUUAUCCUGGCCCAGGCUGGAGGUGCAGAUCUUCUGAAGCGGACACAGGAGCGCUAUUUUGCCAAGAGGAGAACCAAAAUCUCCUCGCUUCUAGCCUGUGUUGUGAAGAAGAACUGGAAAGACCUGGUAUAUACCUGUAGCCUGAAGAACUGGAAAGAGGCAUUGGCCUUACUACUGACAUACUCAGGGCCAGAGAAAUUCCCUGAGCUCUGUGACAUGCUAGGAACUCGAAUGGAGCAGGAGGGGGACAGGGCACUCACUUCUGAAGCCAAACUCUGUUAUGUGUGCUCAGGAAGUGUGGAGCGACUGGUAGAAUGCUGGGCAAAAUACCACCAAGCCUUGUGCCCCAUGGCUCUGCAGGACCUGAUAGAGAAGGUAAUGGUCCUUAACAAGAGCUUGGAAUCACUGCAGGGUCCUGACAGGAUAAGCCCAGGUCCUUUCACAACCUACAGGAUGAUCCAGUAUGCCAAUCUCCUGGCCGCCCAGGGCAGCCUUGCCACUGCCAUGAGCUUCCUACCCAAUGAUUAUGCUCAGCCAGCAGUUCAACAGCUUAGAGAUCGGCUUUUUCAUGCCCAAGGCUCUGCUGUUUUGAGCCAACAGACACCCACUUUUCCUUUUCCCCGGGUUAUUGUAAGAGCUGCUCCCUUUUCCAAAGAGACCUCAUCUUCCAGAUUAGGAUACCAGCCUUCUUACCAGAUUCUAACACCAUCUGCAAUGCCAAGGCUGGCAACUCAGUCAUCAUUAGUGAUGCCCUUUGCAUCCUCCCAUCCUAGCCCUCCUCAAGGCUUAAGUACACAGACUAUAAGUAACUACAGAUCACCUGGGUCCCAGGCAGCCCAACCUUUGCCUUUUGGCCCUGGAGUAAGCCCUGCCUUGCCUCAGCCACAGCUGUUAGAAGCACAGAGGGUUCAUGCUCCAAAUCCUGUGGGAUUCCCUGUAACAUGGUCUCUUCCUGGUCCCUUUCCAUCGCUGGCAUCCCCAGGCAUCAUGCAACUUGGCUCUGUCUCCCUGCCUGAGAAUCCUGGACUACUCCCUUGUCAUCCCAUGGGACUAGCAGGUCCCAGCUCUCCAAGCUCCCAGCCCCCAGCCCCUCCUGUCAGUCUUCCUGUGACUUACCCUCCUGGAGGACCAGGAGCUCCAUGCUCUAGUGCCCUCUUAAGCACCUGCAUCUUGACUCCUCAUCCAGGACCUCAGGAUUCCUCAAAAGUUGGUCCAGCUCCCAGGGGAAAUUUUCAGAGAAAAAAGCUUCCAGAGACAUUUGUGCCUCCAGCACCAAUUACAGCUCCAGUUGUGAGCUAUGGCCCUGAACCACAGUGGGCCCUGCCAUCGCAGUCCUCUGUCUCUAGAGUGAGUCAUGCUCCCCCUGGAGCUCCAGGAAAAUCCAACCUACAGCAAUGUCAGCAACUGCUUCCUGAGAAAAUGGAACAGAAAGUGUUGCCCCCAGAACAUCAGUCCUUGAAGGACAGCUUUGAGGCACUUCUUCAGCGCUGCUCCCUGUCUGCAACUGACUUAAAGACAAAAAGGAAGCUGGAUGAGGCUGCCCGACGUCUAGAAUGUUUGUAUGAAAAGCUGUGCCAGGGAACACUCUCACCCCAUGUUCUGGCUGGGCUUCACGAAAUUGCCCGAUGUACGGAUGCAGGAAACUUUGAGCAGGGCCUUGCAGUUCAUGCCCAGGUGGUGGGCUGCAGCAGCUUCAGCGAGGUAUCCAGCUUCAUGCCUGUUCUGAAGGCUGUCCUCACCAUUGCACAUAAGCUGCAAGGCUAAGCCCAGGAGGCCACUUCUGCAGUUUCUUAACUCUUCUGGCAGAAAAGGGGAGUUUUACAACAGAUUGUGUUUGUUUCUCCCAAUCCUCUUCCCUUGGUGCCAAGUAUGUGAUGCUGUGGACUUGGCUCACCAGCUGAGUGCCUGACUUUUGUCCCUUCCAGCCUGGCCCCUGCUGUCUCCCCUAAGUGCCCUUAGCUCGGGAGGCAAAGCAUUGCAGCGGGUUUUACUUUGUCUAAAACACUACUGUGACCGAACCUGCAGCAGGGUCCCAGGGAUCUUUUCAAGUGGCUUAGAGAGGUGAAUAGGGUUGUGACUUCCAUGUCUACCUCUGUUGGGGCCCAUCUCGUGGGUCUUUUCCCCCUUCUGGAGUUUAUGGGCUUGGCUUUGCCUUUGGCUUCAUAUUAGAGGCCCAUAUUCCAGGUGUGUGGGGAGAGCUGGUUGCUGCUCACCCUUUGAACCAUUAUGGAAGAGAGGAUUGGGUGCUGAAAAGGAACCUCUUAUAAACUAGCAUUACUGGUGGGGGCCUAUGCUCAGGGGGAAAAUGGAAAGGAUAAACUGCAGCCCACAGGGAUUACCCCUUGACUCCACCUAGGUCUGAGCCUGGCCUAAGGCCUUACAUUAUCCCUUCUCUGAUUUGUAAAGACCUGUUCUGGAAUGGGGGUCCUGAUUGUCAAAGGGCUGGAGACUCUUCUCUCCCUCAGUUACCACAUGUCUUAGGGCUUCCUUCUCUGGCUGCAUGGUUGGGUGUAAUAAAAUGACUUGAUUUUG